ACAUCAAAACUUGAUCUUUUUUCACAAAGUUUUAUUUGUAUAUUUUGGUUUUAUUGUUUUUAUCAUUUUAAUACCAUUCAUUAAAUUCAUUAUUUUAUUGCUUCACUCCUUUUAUGUGAUUUUGUGUUAGAAGCCUCAUUCUCUACGAUAGCCACGAAAUGUAACUUGAGAAAUUUCAUCGAUGGGUUGUUGCAUCACUGUUGGUGUAAUGGUUUCCUACUCUUGUGUUCGGCAUUAAGUUUGGGUCCUGCUGGAGCCGGUUUUUAUAGAAUAAAGUCCAGAAAAUUAUGUCCGAUGUGGAAGAUGAAUUCAUGUGCGAGGACGAAGAUGAAGAUUAUGGAUUGGAGUACUCGGAGGACAGCAACUCGGAGCCCGACGUGGACCUGGAGAACCAGUACUACAACUCGAAGGCGCUGAAGGAGGACGACCCGAAGGCGGCCCUCGCCUCGUUCCAGAAGGUGCUGGACCUCGAGGGGGGGGAGAAGGGCGAGUGGGGCUUCAAGGCCCUCAAGCAGAUGAUCAAGAUCAACUUCAAGCUGAGUAACUACAGCGAGAUGAUGACGAGAUAUAAACAACUGCUUACGUACAUAAAAAGUGCGGUCACGAGAAAUCAUAGUGAAAAGUCUAUCAACUCAAUUCUGGACUACAUUUCUACAUCAAAAAAUAUGGAGCUUCUUCAGGACUUUUACGAGACAACUCUGGACGCCUUGAAAGAUGCCAAGAACGACCGUUUGUGGUUCAAGACAAACACCAAGCUCGGCAAGUUGUACUUUGACCGUUCAGACUUCAACAAGCUGGCGAAGAUCUUGAAGCAGCUUCAUCAGUCUUGUCAGACGGACGACGGCGAGGACGACCUGAAGAAGGGGACGCAGCUGCUGGAGAUCUACGCGCUCGAGAUCCAGAUGUACACGGCCCAGAAGAACAACAAGAAGCUGAAGGCCCUGUACGAGCAGUCGCUGCACAUCAAGUCGGCCAUCCCCCACCCCCUGAUCAUGGGCGUCAUCAGAGAGUGCGGUGGUAAAAUGCAUUUGCGAGAAGGUGAAUUCGAGAAAGCCCACACAGACUUUUUUGAAGCGUUCAAGAAUUACGACGAAUCGGGGAGUCCUAGGAGAACCACGUGCCUCAAGUAUUUGGUGCUGGCCAACAUGCUGAUGAAGUCCGGUAUCAACCCGUUUGAUUCCCAGGAAGCAAAACCGUACAAGAACGAUCCCGAAAUCUUAGCGAUGACGAAUUUAGUUUCCGCCUACCAAAACAAUGAUAUUAACGAGUUCGAGACGAUCUUGAAACAAAACAGGCAAAACAUAAUGGAUGACCCAUUCAUACGGGAACACAUAGAAGACCUGCUGAGGAACAUCCGCACGCAGGUGCUCAUCAAGCUGAUAACCCCGUACACGAGAAUCCACAUACCCUUCAUCUCCAAGGAGCUGAACAUCGACGCCUGCGAGGUGGAGAGCUUGCUGGUCUCGUGCAUCCUGGACAGUACAAUCAGGGGUCGCAUCGACCAAGUUCACCAGGUGUUGGAACUCGAUAAACAGUCUUUGUGUGCGGCGCGGUACAAUGCUUUGGACAAAUGGACCAGCCAACUCGCUACCCUCCACGUAGCUGUUGUGAACAAAAUGGCGUAAAAGCAUUGAGCCGUGAACGAGAGAAGAAUUUCUGUGAUGCAGUGUUGCCGUCAGUGAAUUAAGUUUUGCUAGGGCACAAACUGAUGUUCAGUUGAUCAGAUACCUGCCUCCUGUAAUAUACCAAAAUUCAAACUGUUCUCCAGAGGGAAAAGAAAAAAAAAAUUGUUUCCGCACUUUUAACUUGGUUUUUUCAGAGUACUGUGCGUUUAGCACGUGCGAUUCCCCAGUCCAACCCUGUUCCUGUUUUUCGUUAUGUUUUAACGGGGGGGAAAAUAUGCAUGUUCUCACGGUGCUGUGUGUAACAAAGUAAUUUUGUUAAUCAGCCAGCCUGAAUGCAUCUGCUUUAACCUUCAAAGAUUGUAAUGUGAACCGCGCUGUAGAAUGGUUUGCUGUGAGCACCAAAAUACAUUUGUAAUAAUAUUUUAAUAAUGCUACUCAAGCUGUAUUUAAAUCAAAGCUUUUUCUUGCAAAAUAAACCACAAUAACAAUAAAAGAGACUGUUUAAAUAUUUGUAUUUGAAUAUUUAUUUGUCUUGCAACCGCUUGCAUCUAAGGCUGAAAGUAUUGAAAGAGAGUGUAAAGUAAUAAAUAUUUUACAAGUAUAUGCUAUGACUAAGAAUAUAACAUGUACAUGUUAUUUAAAUAUUUUUAGAACAAAGAUUAUUAAAAGAUGUUAAUGCCUUUUAUCUUUUUGCAGUGUAAAAUUUUAUAACUUCAUAUAAUUUCAGAAUAGCAAAUUAAAAAAUUUUAAUGUACCACUGAUGAUGUUAUUGUGUGUAAUACUGAUGUUAUUGGGUUCCUUGAUAUGUACAUGUAUAUAUGGCUGAUUGUGCCAAGUAAAAUUAUUAUUUGAUUAAUUGUGGAAAUUGGAAGAAAAAAAGGAAACUUAAGUCAGGGUGCACAUAACUCCAGUAAAUAUUGUUGGUGAUAACAGCUCAAAAGCUGUUCAUGGAAGAAAACUGUUAUGAUUCAAGGAGUGAAGUCAUCAAAUUCUUUCUGGUAGCAAAUAGAUAUGUUUUUCCUAA